AUGUCUGAAAGUUUUUUAGAACUUAUUCUUGUGGAUUUCCACAGAAAACUUUUAAAAGCUUACGAGACCAAAGCCAAGGAAGACAUUACAGCUACGAUUCUCAAAUGGAUAAUUUUUCUUUUAGAGUUUAGAAACUUAAAUUUCAGCGAAAUUAUUCAACUAAUGGAAAGGCACUCAAAUAAUGAACGCAGAUUUAGUAGUUUAAUUGGCAUUUUCUAUAAAUUUCAGCUGGGAAAUAAUGAGAAAGCAGAAACACUAUUUAACAGCACAGCAAACAUCCAAUCAAAAGACCACAUCGAAUCGCGCAAUUCACAAAAUAAUCAAAUUUUAUUGAUCGUAUAUUACGAAAAUAAAAUAAUGAAUGAAUGCAAGGUACUAGAUGAUUUUGGGUGA